GGGAGGACAGAGCAGGAGACAUUGAUUUGAACCUAAAAUCACAACAAUUGUUUUUCUUUGUCUUUGAGAAAUAUACACCCUCUUGCAAAUUACUUAACUCCCUCCCUAUAAAAAGACAUCAGCUAGACCAUAUCUUAUACAACUUCAAAACCAUAUACUAAAUUCCUAGAGUUGAGAGUGAUUAAAAUAUGGCUGUUGUACCAAGCAAACGCCUUCUUAUUGCAUUUUUGUUGAUUUGCUUCAUCUUAACUACAACUCAAGCUAGAAACUUGAGAGAUACUAAUGAUGGAGAUGAAAAGGGUCAAAGUAGCUUGUUUAAGCUAAACCAUGAAGGGACACAAACUCAAGAAAAAACACAAACACAAGAAAAAAAUGAUGACUUGUUGGAUACAAUGGAUUACACACCUGCCUCAAAGAAUCCACCAAUCCAUAAUUAAAGUCUCCUAGUUUUAUUUAUUUUUUCUUUCCUUAGAGGACAAUUUUUGGUAGGAAACAAAAGCACCAAUCCAGAGUGCUUAAUUACCCUGCAAUUCUAUCUAUGAGCUUCAAUGUAAAGAUAUAUUUUGAACUUUGAAGUAGGGAAAUCCACACUUAAAUCACAGAUUUUUGUGGAGGAAAAAGCACCAGUCUUGUUGAUGCUUAAUCAUAUAUUUAGAACUAUCACUUGUAAAUAUAUAGUUUUGGAAGUUAUGAGAGUGUGAGGGGAGCAUAUAUAAACAUAGGAUUUGUCAAAGUUUUAUUAAUAUAUUGCUCAAUCACCAAAAA